UCUCACUCGGCAACCAUGUCAGUGGAACUGGAGACCUCAGAGGGGGUGGAUGAGUCGGAGAAAAAGAGCUUUGGGGCCUCAGAAAAAGAAAACCACACCAGGAUGGCUGACCUCUCUGAGCUCUUGAAGGAAGGGACCAAGGAAGCACAUGACCGGGCAGAAAACACCCAAUUUGUCAAGGACUUCUUGAAAGGCAACAUCAGGAAGGAGCUGUUUAAGCUGGCCACUACUGCACUUUACUUCACAUAUUCAGCCCUGGAGGAGGAGAUGGAACGCAACAAGGACCACCCAGCCUUUGCCCCCUUGUACUUCCCCACGGAGCUGCACCGGAAGGAGGCACUGACCAAGGACAUGGAGUAUUUCUUUGGCGAGAACUGGGAGGAGCAGGUGCAGUGCUCCCAGGCUGCCCAAAAGUACGUGGAGCGGAUCCACUAUGUGGGGCAGAAUGAGCCGGAGCUGCUGGUGGCCCAUGCAUACACCCGCUACAUGGGGGACCUUUCAGGGGGCCAGGUGCUGAAGAAGGUGGCCCAGCGGGCCCUGAAACUCCCCAGCACGGGAGAAGGGACCCAGUUCUAUAAGUUUGAGAACGUGGACAAUGCUCAACAGUUCAAGCAGCUCUACCGGGCCAGGAUGAAUGCCUUGGACCUGAACCUAAAGACCAAAGAGAAGAUCGUGGAGGAGGCCAACAAGGCCUUUGAGUACAACAUGCAGAUUUUCGAUGAACUGGACCAGGCUGGCUUCUUGUUGGCCAAAGAGACCCUGGAGGAUGGGCUCCCCAUGCACGAUGGGAAAGGAGAUGUGCGUAAAUGCCCCUACUACGCUGCUAAACAAGAUGGAGGUGCCCUGGAGGGCAGCAGCUGCCCCUUCCGAACAGCCCUGGCUGUGCUGAGUAAGCCUAGCCUCCAGUUCAUUCUGGCCGCUGGUGCAGCCCUUGUUGCCGGCUUCUUGGCCUGGUACUACGUGUGAAGGACCCAUCAUACCGCCUUGGCGCCAUCCUCC